AUGCGCCAGACCUUGAAGCACCAACACACCCAUGAUCUUUGUCGACGUUUUCUACUCGAACAUGGCCAUGCUCCCGAGCAGGAGGGAGUGAUUGACAGACUUGCUCACACGGAAGCGUCAAGGCGUCCUGUUGAUGGAGUUAACUCCAAACGUCUCCCUUUUCAGAGUAACGCGAUUAGCAGGAUCGCAUUCGUUUUCUCAGCGCAUUUUCAGUUAUGUUUGAAGUCUUUCAACAAAACUCGGUCGGCGUAUGGCAUAUUUCUAUUCGCUGGCGAUUUCUUCUCUGAUUAUGACACGAAGUGCUUGUCAUCUGAUACGGCUAAAGACUGUCGAUUGUCAAUGAAGGCUGCUUUAUCUAUGUUCAAAAGUGCUUAUUUUGUGUGGAAAAGAAAUCUCUCUGUCAUGUACGCUCACUGUGGAUAUUCUUGGUCGGUGAACUGCAAGUUGAUUUUCCAGCACACGUGUGAUGUUUCCCGUUCGUUCGAUGUUAAUGUGAUGGAAAAACACAAGCCGUUUACCUCAGAUGUUAGUAAAAGCGAUUUGCGCAAUGCGGUCACAAUUGCCGCGUUUCUCAAUGAAAUGCAUACCGGAUAUGAAGAGCUAAUGAUGAGUGCACAUAGUGACAAGAUAGUCUUCAAAAAUUUUGUACAAAUUCCAGUGGAACGUAACAAUGCAACCCCAUGCAGAACGGAGAUCACGGUGCAGAAGGCUUGUUUCAAAAGGUUCUCUUUGCAGAGGACAACGGAAAUUAGUUUCUGCAUGAAGGAGUUCAAGGUAAGUCACUCUGACACGCUAAAAUCUGUGUGA